UCCCCAGUCCUGAGGGGGCCCUCCCCCGGGCCUGGCUCCCCCUUCCUCUUCUCCUUUGCUCUUUGCUCCUCUCUGCAGGAAAGGAAGGAAGACCAUGGGGCGUUUCGCCUUGGUGAGCCUCGGCUGGCUGAUCCUGGCCAUCUCCCUAAGUGGGGCUGGAGCCCAACUCUGUUGUCCCUUCAAUUGGUACCCUUACAGUGGGUUUUGCUACAAGGUCUUCGAUAAGAAAUUCAGGACCUGGAAGGAUGCAGAGGUGUUCUGCACUGAGCAAAACGCAGGCUGCCACCUGGCCUCCUUCCAUAGUGAGGCAGAGACAAAUGCCAUCUUCAACUACUUGGAUCUUGUCGGAAGCGCUGGCCAUGUCUGGAUCGGACUGUCGCGUGUAUUCCAACACAGAACUUGGCAGUGGAGUGACGGCUCCAAAUUCAACUACACCAACUGGAAUCACGGAGAACCCAACAACUUUUUGAUGAAGAAUGAGAACUGUGUUGAGCUGUGGACCAGAUCAGGUGAGCCCAGGUGGUGGGGAGUCAGCCGGGGGUGCACUUCCAACAAUGAGGACAUGUUUGAUCCACCCUGGAAUUUCAGGUGGAAUGAUGAGGUCUGCAGUUGGUUCAGACAUUUCCUCUGCAAGUGCCCACUCGAGCCUGAGAGUGAAGGAAGUUCCGGAUGA